ACAAACACAAAAAAACCCUCUCUUUCUCUCUCUCUCCCAGACUCCCACGCACUCACUGCUCUCUCUUCUGUACGGUCUACUCCAUACUCCUCUUCUCCAUUUCUUCACUCCAAUCCAUCCUUCAUCUCUAGCUUCCUCCAUUUCUGUUUCGAUUUCUCUAUCUCUAAAAUGGAUUCAUGGAGCUUCGUCGACAACGUCAAGGCCGAGAAAGCCAGCGCCAUGCGGAGGUACAACCGCCUCCGCGCCAUCGCCAGGCUCUUCCGCCUUGCCGAGCUCUGCCUCGCUGCUGUCCUCCUCUCUUGGACCUUCACCCGCCUCCCCUGCGCCCUCCGCGUCUCCGUCGACUACCUCCGCCUCUUCUCCGGCGUCGUCUCCAGCCCCCUCUUUGUUUUCCUCGUCUGCAACGCCAUCAUCGUCUCUCUCUUCGCCAAGUCCCACCACCUCGCCACCGCCCCUCCAAACAUCGAAGUCGAGACUCACCUUUACGAUCAGUUCACCGACGGAAAGAAGUCGAGCUCCAGUGACGACGUCGUCCCGAAAGAGGAGGUUGUGUAUGAGGACAAGCAGAUCAUCUCCGAGGUGAUGAGCACCGCCGGCGAUCCUAAAGGUGAAGCGAACUUGGACUCCGGCGCGGAGUCAGAGUCGGACUCGGGUUUGGAGUUUACGAAAGCGAUACGGAGGACGAAGUCAGAGAAGUUCGUUAGAGAUGUUCCGGCGAAGCUAAAAAGGUCGGACACGGAGAAUUGCCGGAAAAUGCUGAAGUCCGGCGAGGAAACGGUGCCCGAAGAUUUAGAUCAGGAGGACGGCUUGAGCAACGAGGAGUUUCAACGCGCCAUUGAAGCUUUCAUUGAGAGGCAGAAGAGGUUUCGUCAUGAAGAAGAGUCUAUGGCCAUUGUGCUUCAAAACCAGAGCUGA